ACGGACAUGCCACAGAAUAUAACGUAAUACAUAAAUAAUCCGCUUUGAUCUAAACAAAACUGACACUGGAUAGUGACCGCUAUUAAGGAAAAAUAUUAAUAAUAAAUACUACGUUACUAACAACAGCUAUAAGACGUUAUAGACUUAUCAGUAUUUUAAGUUACAAUAAGAACUAACAGUUUUUAAUCAGCCGUCGCCACUACGAAACCAAGCAAUGGGAGAUGAGGAAGCUGCUACACUUGAUGGACAAUUUUACGAGUUCGCAAAAUUUUUUGACCUCAAAAAAGAGCGAGAUGGGACUUUAAUAACACUUUAUAGGAGCGACUAUUGGCUGCGGCAGGCGAAGGUGUUAGACGACAGAAAACUGACUAUGACAGACACAGGACUUAUGUGGUGGAAAUAUCCUAAAACGGAAUUAAACUGGGACGAAUGGUAUGGGAUAUUAACGGAUUUAUGCGUGAUAAAGUCUUUGGACCAAGAAUUUGUUGAACUAGCCCUGACCAACUGCGGCCUGCCCGGAACCUCUACCGUCAUUGUGCCACAAUACAGAUCAUUCUUCGACACUUUCAAGCCCAAAUCCAAAUUACUUGUCGGAUAAUUUUGGUCAUUAAAAUUAAGUUUUUAUUGAAUGUCAGGAUAUUUAAUCACCAUGAGAUUCAACUAUUUUUUUGUGAAAUUACUCCACUAGUUUGUUAUAAUUACUUACACAAA